AUGGGUGCUGUCAUUCCCCACAUGUAUCUUUUGGACAGCUCGGACUGGGUGGAGAUCAUCGAGCCCCGCUCCCAGGAGCGGAUGUACGUGAACCUGAGCUCCGGGGAGUGCAGCUGGGAGCCCCCUCCCAACCUGACGGUGCGCCAGUCCGACCACAAGCAGUGGUGGGAGCUCUUUGACCACAACAACAACCGCUUCUACUACUACAAUGCCAGCACGCGGCAGACGGUGUGGCACCGGCCCCAGGGCUGUGACAUCGUGCCCCUGGCCCAGCUCCAGGCCAUGAAGGGCAGCUCCCAGGCUGGCUGCUGUGGCCGGGAGCAGCGGGGCAGCACCGGCAGCAGUGGCAGGAGCACCCCGGUGCAAAUGGCCGUGCUGCAGGACGUGGAGAAGGGCAAGUGGGACAGUGCAGUGGAGAAGAGGAAAGAUCCUGCCAGGGAGACCCCUACCCACUGGGAGCCUCUGCCAGGCACAAAAGCAGCCAUGUUGGUCAAAGUGAACAGUUUGAGGCAGAUGCAGAGCUUUUCAAACAGUUCUCUUCAGCUGCAGGGUGCUCCAAAGCCCAGCAGCCCAAAAUCUCUUCCCAAAGCAGCUGUAUAUGCUCGGCCUCGAUCCAUGUCCCAGAGCCCUGGAGCCACAAAGCAAAUGCCUGCUGGAGAAGCAAAGCAGACUAUGCAGAUCAAAAAGACAGAGAGUGGUGGGUUUUGCCUGGUGCUGAUGAAUGGUCCUACUUCUCCAACAGCUCCGAGGAGCCGGACAGGAACCCCUCAGCCUGCAUCCCCCACGUACGCCUCUCCUGCGCCCAUUUAUGAUGAGCCAUCUUUAGAGCUGCCAAUUUAUGAUGAGCCACCAGUAGAUAUGGACACUGAAAGCAUUUGUGUGAGUGGGAUGUCUCCACCAAGGUCACCAAGCAAUAGCUUAAAAAAGCAGCUGCAACCAGCCAAAUUAUUGCAGCAUCCCAGUAUGCAACAACAACAAGCUGCAAAGAAGCAUGCAAGAAAUCCCUCCUCCACUGAGUACAGCCCAGCUGGCAGAGAAUACAUAAAACAUAUGGUCAACGUUGACCAAGCUGCCAAGCUCUCUCACUCUUCUGCUGCAGCAACUGAUACCUCCACUAAACUGCCUGGUCAGCUUGCUUCAAAGGACAGCUUCAAGCAGUCCUGGAGGGUCUUGGAAGCCAAUGUCCUCAAGAACAUGGAGCUCCACCACAGUCGGCAAAAUAGCCUGCAGACUCAGGAGUACCCAACCAGUAUAAGCCAUCAGGAUUCUGGUUAUUCAACUGGCCCUUCUCCAAGCUUAAGAAAAAGGAAAGGAAGGAGGCAAGGAACAGGUCAAGCAAGACCUGGCUCUGUGGGCAGCAGCAGCGAGCUCACAGCUCUGAAUGAUAAAGUGAUCGCUGAGAUGCGUGCUGUGGUGGGCAGGUCAGCAGCUUGCAGGGGAAGCAAAGCCAGCCUGGAUGCUGAGAGCCUGGAGAGCAGUGUCCCAGCAGAGAGCAGCAAGGUCAGGUUUCAGUCUGACCACUUGAAAAAAUGCAUCAGCCGGAGCUCCAGAGAUGAUGUCUCAGCCAGCAGCAGGUCUCUGUACAGACAGGACCUGGAGAUCAGAGAAGCCUUUCCUAGCAAUGUGGCUGCUCCACAGGACACAAUGAGGCAGAAGAGAACUUUUGAGAAAAUAGAUUCUUUAGAAAAGAACUUGACCAGUCAGACAAGCUUGGCUUCAUCAGGCACUACACGCCAUUCCUCACAGCCUGAGAGCACGGAGCUGGAGCCCAAGGAGGAGGGCAGCAGCCAGCGUGGUGGCUGUGUGGGAUGCCACUUCCCUUACAGCACCCUGAGGAAGCCCAUCUCCCAGAGCAGCAUGGCAGACUGGGCUUCCAAAAACCUGAACAUGCACACGCAGGGCAUCUUCCGACGGAGGAUCUCCCUCUCCAACAUGCUGUCCUGGAACGGCGGCUCCAUCAAAAAGCCAAUGCUCAUCACCAGCAACCGGAGCGUCAAAAAGGAGGCGUGUGAGAUGUUCAAGCUGGUGCAGAGCUACAUGGGAGAUCGGCACACGCGCAUGGACCGCAACCACGUGGCGCUGCUGGCGGUCACCAAGUGCUGGAGCACGCAGGGGCUGCGGGACGAGCUCUACAUCCAGCUGAUCCGGCAGACCACAGACAACAGCAGCUACCGAAGCUUGGCCUGGGGCUGGGAGCUGAUGGCUAUCAGCCUGGCCUUUUUCUCCCCGUCACCCAAGUUUCAGUCUUACCUGGAAGGUUACAUUUAUCGCCACCUUGACAGUGAUGAGAAGAUUGCCCAGCACAUCAAGGAGCUUGUGGAUCUGAAAAACAAGAAGAUCACAAAAUCCAGGAAAAAGAGGAAACAAAACAUAGAGGAUGAAGGUCUGCCCAUUAGCACCUAUGCCAAGUACUGCUACCGGAAACUCCAGAAAGUAGCUGUCACUGGAGGCAAGAAGGGUCUCCGCAAGCCAACGGUGGAAGAGAUAACGCAUGCCAGGAACGCCAUCCUCACUCCGUCGCUCUUCGGCAGCUCCCUGGAGGAGAUCAUGCUGCGGCAGCAGAGCAUGCACCCAGGGAACAAGCUGCCCUGGGUGCAGACACAGCUGUCACAGCAGGUCCUGGCCCUGGGAGGGGAACAGACUGAGGGCAUUUUCAGGAUACCUGGUGACAUAGAUGAAGUCAAUGCAUUGAAACUGCAGGUGGAUCAGUGGAAAAUCCCAAACAAUCUCAGUGACCCCAACAUACCAGCCUCUCUCCUCAAGCUCUGGUAUCGGGAGCUGGAAGAGCCUGUGAUCCCCCAGCAGUUCUACAAAGAGUGUAUCAACAACUAUGAGAACCCUGAUGCUGCUGUGGCGGUGGUGCAGCUUUUGCCAGAGCUCAACAGACUGGUGCUGUGUUACCUCAUACACUUCCUGCAGAUCUUUGCUCAGCCAUCAAAUGUGGGCAGAACAAAGAUGGAUGUGAAUAACCUGGCCAUGGUGAUGGCCCCCAACUGCCUGCGCUGCCAGUCCGACGACCCUCGCGUUAUCUUUGAGAACACGCGCAAAGAAAUGUCUUUUCUCCGCAUGCUGAUAGUGCACUUGGACACAAGCUUCAUCAAAGGGCUGGUUUGAUCCACUGGCCCCAGGGUACAGAACAUUGCUCUGGGGAGUUGCUAGAUACCUUAAGUUUUCUCCUCUCCACGUAGGUUUCUUCCAUUGUCCUGGCUGUUGUCAUGCCCUGGGUUAGCCCUUGAGCAUCUCCCAACAUAUGACCACAAGGACUGGACAUUUCUGGAAGGCUCGGUUCUGUCAGCACCAGGAAAUCCUUGGGCAUGCCAGGUCAGGUUUAGCAGUUCCUGGCCUUUCAAUGUGUGUCAGAGAGGGGAGAUCCUCUUCCUGAGAGCCACAAGAUUGGUUGCCCAGUGAAAGGGCUGUGACAUGUGUGAGGAACUGCUACACGGGGCAGUGAGACUCUCCAUUUCCCUUCUGGAGGCAGAGUUGGCUUCAGGUAGGAGAACAUCACCCCUGUGCUGUGGCAUGAGCUGGUCCUAGGAUAGAUGCUGCCUCAUCAAGAAUAAUCCUACUACUAUGGGAACAGCCUGGUUCACCACUGCAGACUGUGGCUGGAGGUGUUAGGGUUGUUCUGACAUCCCACAAUGCUGUUGGUAGAGGGCUGUGAAGGAGGUUCAAGAACUGUAAAGCUGUGCAGCAGCAUGUAAGACCAGCCCAGCCUGAGUACUUACCCACACCAUGGUUCUGGGCACAACAGAAAGGCCACAAGCCUGACAACAAGCAGGUAAACAACCACUCUGGCAUCCUCUUAAUGAGGGCCAUGUCUUCUGUAGCAGUGACCCCAGUGGCCUUGCAGCUCCUUUUUGCUACAGACAGCAUGAACUGACACCAGCUUUGCUGAGGAGUACCUGAGUCCAUGCUCAGAGCAGCCUUCACAGCUCCAGCUCUCACAACCUCCCUUCCUGGUACCACAUCCUUCCCAGACCACUCUGCCAGGAACUAAAUGCCUGUUUUGUUAUAAAUGAACGCAAUGGGCCAUAAAAGAUCGAAUCAAAAUUUAAAAAUUUAUUGGUUACAGAAGGCAAAAGCAAAGUUGCAGCGUUGGGCGACAGGGGAGUCUCCGCUCUACCACUGCCGCCCCGACCCUCCCCAGCUUGUCUCUUUUAAAGUUGUUCAGUCUCCGGGUGGGGUGAGGGGUGACGUAUCCUUCUCUUAGUAGUUCUGCGCAUGCCUCUCUAGUUGCUAGGGGGUCUUUUUCUGCCUUCUGGUGGUCGUGGGAUGAAGGUGAGUGGUCUUCUUCAACCCUGUCUUGCUGACCUUUACUGGUACUUAAAACAGAUAUGUGAUUACGCAGGCGAAGCAAGUACUUAACAGCAUUCUGGCAAGCAAAGCAGAAUAAAUUUACAACAAGUCUCACUCUCAAGGUCUGUCAGAUAAGCAAAGCAAAAGACUUAUCAGCAUUCUAGUGAGCAAAGCAAAACAAAAAAUAAUUGACUACAUCCUAGCCAGGCGAACAAAAGGUUCCUCGUUUAUUACAUGUUUGACCCACUCUUCUGGCUCAGCCCAGGUCUGAAGAAAGCCCCCAACAGUUCUGCGCACAGAAGUGCUCCUGUGCUCAGAUCCUCCCUUCCAUGCAGAGCAGCAGCAGUGCUGUGUGCUUGAGAAAUGCUGGUACAGCCUGUAGCCAACUGUGGUACCUAUGCUCUUCCUUUGAGGUGUUUUCCUUGCUGGAGGCAGGUCUGCUGCAAGAAGGUAUGUUUUGGGAUUACUGAUGCAGUGCUAAGGCUGUCAGUACCAUGCAAGGUUGCAUUUGUGUUUCUGCAUCCCCCUCCUUUUCCAGUGGGGACCUGGGAUCAUCCUCUCCAGACUACAGUGAGGAGCUGAGCCCUGUUGACAGUGAGGUUUAGAGCUGAAUCAGUACCAGUGUGGGCACGAGGUGCCAUGUGCAAAGAGUGCCCCAAGCCUGUUGGCUUGCUUGGGGCUCUCUCUGAGAGGGUUCAGAUGAGUUAGAAUGAACUCCAGAGCAGGAAUUCAGUUUGUGCCCAUCUCAUCCCAGAUGAUUCUGUGGUCCUGUGGGCCAGGAAAUCUUGCUCCUUGUCAAGGGGAGCUCUGUCAAACAUGCCCACAAAACAUGCCAGCAUCUGUUCACGUACACACCCAUCUCCAUGCUUUGAUGCCACUCAGCUUGCUCUGUCCUUCUGCAGUGGUGAACAGCUUGUUCUUCAGAUGUGGAGCUACUGCCCCAGAAGUGUAGAGAGGGGCAGAGGUUCCCUGUUCUGACAUGCUGUCCUGAGGUUUGAAUCACUGAACAGGCUGGGGCUGUCCUGUUCCCUGCCAAGGUCUGGAGCAGCCAUGUGGCACCUGCCCCCUCUUCAGGCUGCAGGUGCUUGUGUCUGUGUCAGGCUUUGCCUGCAGCCACUGCAGGGCUGAUCCGUGUUACUCCUUGCACUCAGCUGUGGCAAUCAAUCAAACUAUAGGCAUUUGCUGCUAAGCUUCUGGCCAGGGUUGUAAAACAUGCUCAUAAGGGACACUGGAUAUUAUUGGUUUUGCCAACAGAUUUGUAAAUACCAAUCAGUAAAGUAGCCUUUUUUCUGUUCUAAUAAUAAUAAAUACA